AUGAGGUCGAUCAAAUCGAAAUUUGAGGUGAACGCUCGUCGUUGGUUGGGUUCGCUCGUUCGAUACAACCAGAGUGUCGUCGUCAAGGGUAGCAGCGGUUUGGUCUCCAAUGAAUCGGAGAAGUGGCUUUCUCUUUCUCGUCUCGUUCCUGACGGUGGUUGUUGUUGGGCGGAGGAUGUCCAUGGUAUGGGAUCUCGCGGUGACGACAGGGGGAUUUGUGCUUCUUUAGGCCUCCGGUGUGGCUCCGUCAGCAGCUCCAGUUUCUGUUUUGGCUUGUUCGCAGGUUUUAGAGUGGCUCAAUUGCUUGAUAGGAGAUGGCUAAGCUCAGUUCUUAGAGUGAACCGAUGUAGAAUAGAGGCGGCGGUCAGCUCUCAGCCUCUUUUGUGA